AUGUCAGCAUCGCCAGCGAGCCAAGUGUGCAAGGCACCAGGGGGAAGUGGGCAUUGUCCAGUCCUUGGAGAUUUCGAAAAGCCCUCGUUAUUGAGAAAGAAUCGAUCGAAACCGUACGCCCUGCAUCUGCAGCUCUGUUAA